GGUCAGUGGGAAGAAUGUCCUUACAUUGGUGUCAGUGGGGAAGAAUGUACCCUAUACAUAGGGGGUCAGUGGGAAGAAAUGUCCCUUACAGUGGGGGGUCCAGUGGGAAGAAUGUCCCUUACAUUGGGGUGUCAGUGGGAAGAAUUGUCCCCUUACAUUGGGUGGUCAGUGGGGAAGAAUGUCCCUUACAUUGGUGGUCAGUGGGAAGACAAUGUCCCUUACAUUGGGGGUCAGUGGGAAGAAUGUCCCCUUACAUUGGGGUCAGUGGGAAGAAUGUCCCUUACAUUGGGUGGUCAGUGGGAAGAAAGUCCCUUACAUUGGGGGUCAGUGGGAAGAAUUCCCUUACAUUGGUGGUCAGUCCUUUUACA